ACCACGCGCUGCAAUGUGCAGGACAGAGGAGCAGGAACAAACUCAGGCACAAGCCAGCUGGACCUCACAGAAAUUGUUGGAAAAUGAACUCAACGAUGUUCUUCUGCUGUUCAUCUCUGCUGUUACUGGUGAACUAUGUGGGAGCCAAACCCACUUCUGAUCUACAGAGUCUGAAGCAACUUCUACAAGAGGAGAUCCACAGCGCGCCGUUUUACGCCUCAGAGGAGGAGAAGGAUGCAGACACAGACAAGUCGUGGGAGGAGCGCUCGUUGGACUCCUCCGACCCCAGAAACGCGCCACUGAAGGCUAGAGAAAGCAUCCUGGCGCAUCUCUUCAGAGACCUCAUGAGGACCUCAAAGCGCUCGUGGAGCCGGAACAAGAAGGGCGGGCUGAGGAGCUGCUUCGGGGUCCGACUGGAGAGGAUUGGCUCCUUUAGCGGGCUGGGGUGUUAAAGGUGUGAAUGACUCGGGGUGCUCCCAUCCGGGGGAUGACUCCUCCAGCCCAGUCACAGCUGUCAUUUGUCUUUUCAUAUGCGAUGAAUGUUUUCAUGUUGGAUAAAGUACAGUUGCCUUGUAUUGUAGUAAAAUCAUUAUUUUGCAUAUUAACUGAGUGUGUGAUUGAAUUGGUUUCUCCUCUAAGAGCAGUUUAUACACCUAUGUGUCAAAUGCAUGUUAAAUAACCGGGUCACGCAGUGCUAAAUGGGGGAGAAUUUCAUACUGAAUUGUUUGAGUGUGAAAACAUGAACCCGUUUGUUGAGGAUUCAGUUUUUCAGUGAUCAGGAUGAGGCAAUUGGUUCUGUUUGUGUUAAACGCCACUGAUUUCUGCCACGUGGAUGGAAUUAUGCUACAAAACGCACCAGAUGGUCUUGACAAAGAACCCUAACUAAUGCAGAGCCUUAUUCUCCACCAAAACAAUUGGAUAUCACAGCUGAUCAAGUUUUAUAUACAUAUUUGAUGUGGAGUAGUUGAUGUAUUAAGACAAUUGCUGACAUUUUAUUGCUAUUUUACCUUUACCAUCACAUCAAACUCUUAUGAAGAAGAGGUCAAUUCAAUGACAGAACUGUGAAGGCUCCACAUAUUUGUGGAAAAUAAAUACAAUAACUGAAAUAAAUAUAACAAAUAGCGGUAAGCCUAAUAUCUUAAUCUUA